UCCAUUGAGCUGUCCAGGAUGAGUAUAAAUGCAACAUAAAUGUAUAUUACAUGGCAUAUCUCUUUGAUGAAUGAUGUAUAGAAAAAAAUGGCUAUAUCUGCAGAUAGAUUUUCAUGGAUUUUCUCUGUCUAUACACCAAUUACUGAAUUGGACAGAGGCUCAAAUUACACAUAAAUAUCUAUUUUAAAAAGCAAUUGAAUGGGUACUUUUUAAAUAAAUUAAAUUAAAUUAAAUUAAAUUAAAUUGUAAGCUUAUGAAUCAGAAUUACUGUGACUGCUGAUUUAAAUUCCUGCAAUUCACUUCUGUGUGAAUGGUAUAGUUAAUUAAUGAAAAACAGAAUGCUGCUGGGUACAGUCUACAUUUUGAUAAUAAUGUAGAAAACGUGAGGAGAAAAAUGGGUGGUUCAGUGGUCACCAUGCAUUCCAAGCAAACCUUUAUGAGAAUUAUAAUGAUUUUUUAAAAAAUAUAUUCACAAGGGGACCAAAUUGUAACCCCUGUGCACCAUUUUGGUUCGCCAUCGCAAAUGCUUUCUUAGAUCUCAGAAUAAUUGCUGCUUUUCUCCUAAAUGCUGUUUUAUAUCCCAGAUGAUAAAGUUUAUAUUGAAGUUUUAAUGGAAUUAUUUCAACCUGUUGACUUUGGUGCUCAUUUAGAUGAAGCAAGAGAAGAUCCAGUGAACUAGCUUCUGGAUUCAAUUCAAGGUGCAAACCAAAUAUGUGGCUGCUUCCAAUCUCACUGUGCUUGCUUUACUGGUCUGUAUUAGUUGAAGGAAACAGUUUGAAUCGAACCAUGGAUCCUGAAGCCAAACUGAAUUCAAAACAGCUCAUCCAGCAUUGGGGAUAUCCUUUUAAGGAAUACUACGUGGAUACAGAAGAUAACUAUAUUCUCAACAUAUUCAGAAUUUCACAUGGCAGAGAAAACAAUUCUACCACAAGUCCAAAGCCCGUAGUGUUUCUACAGCAUGGCUUGCUGGUGGAUGCUUCCAUCUGGUACCAAAAUCUUCCUCAUAACAGUCUGGCUUUCAUGCUAGCAGAUGCUGGAUAUGAUGUCUGGCUGGGAAAUAGCCGAGGGAACACCUGGUCCAGGAAUCAUACUUCUCUUUCUCCCUUGUUCUGGAAGUUUUGGGAAUUCAGUUACGAUCAAAUGGCUGAAUUUGACCUUCCAGCAUGUAUAGACUUUGUUCUGCAGGAAACUGGUCAGCAACAACUUUAUUAUAUUGGCUAUUCAGAAGGAACCACCACUGCUUUUAUAGCUUUUUCAUCCAAUGCACAACUGGCCUCCAAAAUCAAACUGUAUUUUGCUUUAGCUCCAGUUGCUACGGUUAAACAUGCCAGAACGCCUUUAGCCAAACUUGCAGCUCUUUCUGAAACAGAAAUUGAGCUCUUAUUUGGAAAAAGAGACUUUUUGCCCCAGACGUAUUUUGGUUCUUUGGUUGCUGGUGAAUUGUGCAGUCAGGAUUCAUUGGCAUCUGUUUGUGGCAACCUCUUAUUUGUGUUCUGUGGAUUUAAUGAGAAGAACCUGAAUAUGAGCCGAGUUGAUGUGUAUGCAUCACAUUUUCCAGCUGGUACAUCUGUGCAGAAUAUGAUCCACUGGAAACAGGCCGUCAAGAGUGGUAAACUUCAAGCUUAUGACUACGGGAGGCUUGGAAAUAUGCUUCAUUAUAAUCAGGAUUCGCCUCCUGAAUACAAUGUAUCUGCUAUGACUGUACCAACAGCAAUCUGGAGUGGUGGAAAUGACUGGGUCUCUGGCCCUGAGGAUGUUAACCAAUUAAUUCCCCAAAUCCCAAACCUUAUUUAUAAGAAAUGUAUUACUGAAUGGAACCAUUUGGACCCUGUGUUUGGUCUUGAUGCCCCUGUUCAAGUGUACUAUGAAAUCCUGAAGUUAUUACAGGAGAAUCCUUGAGAAAUGUUUAUCAGUGAUGACAAGAAGUUCAUUCAUUACUUGUUUUCUACUGGUUUUUCCAUGACCCAUUUUUAAUAAACUUUCAGAUUACAUACAAACUGAA